CCACUUUUCUUAUCAAACAUAAAAGUCAGCAAAACACAGAGGCAUAUUCCUCUUUUCUUCAUAAGCCUUAAUAUCUUGGUAUUCAGAUUCAAGGAUAUCCAUGGCGAUCCAAAAGAUCCUCUUCGCUUCACUUCUCAUAUGCUCACUGAUCCAAUCCAGCCAUGGGGCAGAAAAAGAAAGGCUCUUCUCCGAGCUUGAGAAAGGUUCACUUGAGGUCACCACUAAACCAAGCCGAGAAGGAGCUGGUGUCGUUUUGGAUGCCGGAAUAGACAAGAUAAGCAUUACAUGGAAGCUAAGCUCCACGGGGUCUAAAAAGGAGGCUGAAUUUAAAACCAUUAAAGUAAAGCUAUGCUACGCUCCACCUAGCCAAGUUGACCGACCAUGGCGCAAGACCCAUGACGAGCUCUUCAAAGACAAGACCUGCCCACACAAGAUCGUGGCCAGGCCUUAUGACAAAACCACUCAAUCUAUUGACUGGAUCCUUGAGCGUGACAUCCCCACCGGAACCUACUUCGUUCGUGCCUACGCGGUUGAUGAACACGACCAUGAAGUUGCCUUUGGACAAAGCACGAACGAAGCCAAGACGACCAGCCUCUUCAGCGUUCAGGCUAUCAGUGGUCGCCACAAGUCCCUAGAUAUUGCUUCCGUCUGCUUCAGUGUCUUCUCCGUUUUGGCUUUGCUCGUCUUCUUUGUCAACGAGAAGAGGAAGGCCAAGAUAGAGCAAAGCAAAUGAGUCUGUUUACUUUGCGUGUUUGUGACGUUGAACCCCUAAAAAAAAGCGUUGACUUUGAACUUUCUUGUUUACCAAUUGCUUUUGUCUUGUUGCUUACUUCUUCCCUAUGUAUUUUUUUUUUUCAUGUGUUUGUACCAUUACGCCAUUCAUACGGAGCAAAACUAAUCCUACGGUGGUGAUGCGUUGUGUGAUUUCUGUAUUCUUAUAUACUUUUUGAUAUAUAUUCUUACA